UGCAAGCACAUGCAACCAAACAAUGAUACAACGAUGUCAGAAUUCCUUCUUCUGGGAUUUUCAGAGGGACCAGAGCUGCAAACCCUCAUAUUUGGGCUUUUCCUCUCCAUAUACCUGAUCACUGUGUUUGGGAAUCUGCUCAUCAUCCUGGUUAUUGCCUCUGACUCCCAUCUUCACACCCCCAUGUACUUCUUCCUUGUAAACUUGUCCUUUGCAGACAUCUGUUUCACCUCCACCACCGUCCCAAAGAUGCUGUGGAACAUCCAGACUCAGAGCCAAGUCAUAACCUAUGCAAGCUGCAUCACCCAGAUGUACUUUUUCAUAAACUUUUCAGGGUUGGACAUCUAUCUUCUGGCCAUGAUGGCCUAUGACAGGUUUGUGGCCAUCUGCCAACCCUUGCACUACACAGUCAUCAUGAACCCUCAGCUCUGUGCAUUGCUGGUUCUGGCAUCCUGGAUCACGAGUGCCUUGCAUUCCCUCUUACAAACUUCAAUGGUGUUGCGGCUGUCCUUCUGUACAGAGGUGGAAAUCCCCCACUUUUUCUGUGAACUCAAUCAGAUGAUCCAACUCGCUUGUUCUGACACUUUUCUCAAUAAUGUGGUGAUGUAUUUUGCAGCUAUGCUUCUGGGUGGUGCUCCUUUGGCUGGGGUCCUUUACUCUUACUCUAAGAUAGUUUCCUGUAUACAUAGAAUCUCAUCAGCUGAGGGGAAGUACAAAGCAUUUUCCACCUGUGCAUCUCACCUCUCAGUUGUUUCCUUAUUUUAUUGUACAUGCCUAGGAGUGUACCUUAGCUCUGCUGUUACACAGAGCUCCCAUGCAAGUGCAGUGGCCUCAGUGAUGUACACGCUGGUCACACCCAUGCUGAACCCUUUCAUCUAUAGCCUGAGGAACAGAGACAUAAAACGAGUUCUGAUGAGAUUCUCUGGGAUGACAGCUAUCAAAGGGCCAGUUGUCCUGGGACUGAAGAAUUUCCCUUAA